AGCGGCAGGACGCACAUCCACCGGAGAACUGCUCGGCUGGAGAUUAGCCUGACCACGGAAAGGUCUGGACCAAAGGCUGCUCCUUCUAAACUCACGCUCACCCUUUGACUUUUGGUCGAGUUGUGCUGAGCUGGCCACAGCCUCUCUUUCAAGUUACACUUGUCCCAGCCCGGGGGAAAGCAUCAAGACGUCUCCUGCCUCCGGUAAAAAUGCCAACGGUGGAUGACAUUCUGGAGCACAUAGGGGAAUUUUGCUUUUUCCAGAGACAGACGUUUUUCCUCUUAGCUCUGCUCUCAGCUUCCUUCGCCCCCAUCUACGUGGGCAUCGUCUUCCUGGGCUUCACCCCGGACCACCGCUGCCUGAGCCCCGGCGUGGCCGAGCUGAGCCGGCGGUGCGGGUGGAGCCUGGCGGAGGAGCUGAACUUCACGGUGCCGGGCCCGGGGCCGGAGGGCGAGGCCUUCCCCCGCCAGUGCCGCAGCUACCAGGUGGACUGGAACCAGAGCGCCCUGGGCUGCGUGGACCCGCUGGCCAGUCUGGCCUCCAAUAGGAGCCACCUGCCGCUGGGCCCCUGUCUGCACGGAUGGGUGUACGACACGCCUGGUUCCUCCAUCGUGACGGAGUUUAACCUAGUGUGUGCCAACUCCUGGAUGCUGGACCUGUUUCAAUCGGCAGUGAAUGUAGGAUUUUUUGUCGGGUCCGUCAGUAUCGGCUACAUAGCAGACAGCAGGUUUGGCCGUAAACUCUGCCUCUUGGUUACAAUCCUCAUAAAUGCUACAUCUGGAGUUCUCAUGGCCAUUUCCCCAACCUACACAUGGAUGCUAAUUUUUCGCUUGAUCCAGGGACUGGUCAGCAAGGCAAGCUGGUUAAUCGGCUACAUCCUGAUUACAGAAUUUGUCGGGCUGAGCUACCGGAGAACAGUGGGGAUUUUUUACCAAGUUGCCUUUACCGUCGGGCUCCUGGUGCUUGCUGGGGUGGCAUACGCGCUUCCUCACUGGAGGUGGCUGCAGUUCACAGUUACUCUGCCCAACUUCUGCUUCUUGCUCUAUUAUUGGUGCAUACCUGAGUCUCCGAGGUGGCUAAUCUCCCAGAACAAAAACGCUAAAGCCAUGACAGUCAUUAAACACAUCGCAAGGAAAAACGGAAAGUCUCUACCUGCUUCUCUUCAGAGCCUCAGACCUGAGGAGGAAAUCGGGGAAAAAAUGAAUCCUUCAUUUCUGGACUUGGUCAGAACCCCUCAGAUAAGGAAACACACUUUGAUCUUGAUGUACAACUGGUUCACAGGCUCUGUUCUCUACCAGGGCCUCAUCAUGCACGUGGGCCUGGCAGGGAGCAAUAUCUACCUGGAUUUCUUCUACUCCGCCCUGGUGGAAUUCCCAGCAGCCUUCCUCAUCAUCCUCACCAUUGACCGCGUCGGCCGCCGUUAUCCGUGGGCUGCAUCAAAUGUGGUGGCAGGGGCAGCCUGUCUAGCCUCGGUUUUUAUCCCUGAUGAUCUACAAUGGCUAAGAGUCAUGGUCUCAUGCUUGGGCAGAAUGGGGAUUACGAUGGCCUACGAAAUGGUUUGCCUCGUCAAUGCGGAACUGUACCCCACAUUCAUCAGGAAUCUUGGUGUACUUGUCUGCUCCUCAAUGUGUGACAUCGGUGGCGUUAUCACGCCAUUCCUGGUCUACCGGCUCACUGACGUCUGGCAAGAGCUUCCACUGUUGGUUUUUGCUGUGGUUGGCUUGAUUGCUGGAGGACUGGUGCUGUUGUUACCCGAGACCAAAGGGAAGACUUUGCCUGAGACUAUUGAUGAGGCUGAAAACAUGCAGAGACCAAGAAAAAACAAAGAAAAGAUGAUUUAUCUCCAAGUCAAGAAACAAGACAUUCCACUAAACUGAGACCUGCUAUGGUUUUGCUCUGUUAAUACAAGGCCAGAAUCAGAGAUUUCUACUCUCAUUGCAAAUCCCAUACAAUUCAACCCUACUUCUCUUUGAAUCCGAUUAACCUAGAUCUAUGACAAAUGGGAUCUGUUUUACUACUGUAUAAAAAUCUACCUGUGGGACCAGAUCCUACAAGCCCCUCCAGCUCACUCUAUCCCCAGCUUUCCUUGGACAAUGGCUAUUGGUUUUCUGGGAUUUUCUUUUCUAUCUUUGUAUUUCUUUAUUUUAUUCCCUUCUCUAUAAUGAUAUCAAACCAAAACACAUAGGGGAAUUUUGGGCUAGGGAACCAAAAAUAUCUGAAAAGCAAUAAAGUUGGGAGCAGAGAGCCUGUUAAAUAGAUAAAAUAUCCAAAGCAAUAUCAGGCUGUCCAGAUGUAUGUCAGGAACUUUAAAUAGUCCUUUCAGUAUCACAAGUGAAGAAAAUUUUAAACAUUAUUAUCUGAUUUAGACUUUAAGGGAAACUAAAAUACAUUAAUCAGGAACACAAAAUGAGUAAUCACUAAGUCUAUUUAGACUGGAUAAGUACAAAUUGUGCCUUCUACAAAAGAUCUUGCGAAGAGUUUAAUAAAAAGUAGUGUUCAAGUUGCCAUAAUUAAACCAUGGUGAUAAUGUUUCAGUCUGGUCAAAAUUUGUAGAUUGAAAAUAUAUUAUUUUACCAAAUAUAGUAAGUAGAUUUUUGAAAGCUAAAUACUACAAAACCUAUAAUGAAAAACAAAAGUUCCUUACCCUGUUCUACCUCUAGCAACUCCUCAGAAAUAAUUUUCAACUAUUGCAGCUGUUUUUCCCUGAGAUUUUUCUUCAUGUAUCUGAAUAACUUGCUUUAUACAGACAUUUCUGGAUUUUUUUAGUUUUAAAUAUUACCAACUGACUUUUUAAUAUAAAAGAUAAAGACUUAGUUCUCUUCACCUCUCCCCUCAUCCCAAGACACACCUUCUCUUUUCCCUUCAAACUUUGUUUUAUCACAUUUUUAGUAAAUCAAAUAAUCAACAUUCACAUCCUUAUGGCUAUGUAACUAUUAUUAAAAGCUGAGCCACACACUACACUAUAUUAUGAUUACACUUCCUUUAUUUCACAUUCUGUUUUUCCUGAACUUGGGUUUUCAUUGCUUUGUUUUCUAUGAAUUCAUCGUUAAUUUCCCCCCAACUCUCCGACAGAAUAAAUCUCCUCUCAAUGCAUUCAAAGACCUCACAGAUUGGUUCCUGCUCCUUCUUCCUGAGAGACCUCCCUCCGGGAGCCUGAGCCCUCCUGCUCCAGGGGGCGUGGCUGAUCUCUAGACCUGAUGCACAGCUGUUGCCCUGGACUAUCCUUUCUCCACCUCUUUCUUGUGUUGAAUCUCCCGUGUCUCAAAUCCCAAGUCACCCUCAUCUUGGUUUUCUCCCUCAUUUUGAAGAAGCACAUCUUCCAAUACCACUCUGAAAGAGCACACACUUGUCCUUCUGUAGUCUCUUCUGUAACAUCAGGAGUUAAAACCUGCAAACCACAUGUCCCCAGCCGUGUGCCAUCUAGGUUUCUACAAGUCUCUACCAGUGGGCAGCAUUGGCCAGGUAGGAAGGCAGGAGCAGAGAGAAGCCAUUUUCCCCGAUAUCAUGAAGUCUAGCUACCCGAACCAGAGGGACAGAGGCCUCCUGGUCCCUGCUCAGUAGCACUGGUGCAGUUCUAACAGUGGCAGUGACAGUAGAAGUGCCUCGUCAACUUCAUGGCAAGCACAGACUCUCCGGCCCCGGCCAGGAGCACUUGCCUCUUCCUGGUCUUAUGUAAACAUCCUCUUCUCACUCUAGCACACCUUUCUCCCUUUGCUCAACCAACAAUUUUGUA